CUUCUCUUCGGCCGCGGCUUCCAGGCGUUGCCGGAUGAUGGGCAGCUGAGGCGGCGAGCUCGGCUACUAUAGAGUGGAGCAAACAACCCUACUACUUAACGCGGGGAAAGAGAUCUUUCUGGAGCGCUUCUUCACUCUUUCUUUCUUCCUUUCCUCGGUUGGAGAGGAGUUGAUCUUUUUCACCAGGCGCCUUCCGUGACACCCCCCCUCCCCUUUCCCCUCCCGCCCCCCCCUACCCAUUUCUCUGUAGUCGUUGCAAAGAGAAGGGGGGGAGGGGGAAAACCCAAACAACAACAACAGCGAAUCUAGAGGCGUUGGAACCGGGAUCUCGCGCCGUGCCCUGCCUCCAGCCGCCCGGAACCCGGGGAUAGGGGCUCGCUCGACUGAACCUUCGGAGUCGUUCUGGCCCCGCUCGCCGUCGCCCCACAUAGGAGAAAGACCGGCUUCCCAUCUAUACCACAGCCACGCGUUUCGUGUGGAAGGGGGACCCUCCUCUCUUCCGGGAAAAAGGAGUCGUCGUCCCCCCCGCCCGCCUCCUCCUUCUGUGUGAUCAGACUCUUGUCGGCGCUAGGUGGUGGUGGAGCAGCGAAAGGGGAACUUCGGGCGGAUCUGCCGUGUGGGAAAAGAUCGGCUUUCCCUUGCAAAACUUUGUUUUCAAAGCUGCCUUUCCCUCUCCUUCCCCCGAUCGCAGUUCUGCUCCGCUAUGUAAAAGGAAGCGCAGCGCGACGGCAUCCUUCUAGCGAGACGCGGCCCAUUCCGCCCUCCCAGGAUACCCAGAUUGUGAGAAGGAGCUCCCAUUUCCUCCAGAGUCGUGAUGUUAAUCCGAAAAGUCUUGCUCUUCCUUCAGUGCUGCUGGCCUUCUUUGCUGCUUCACUGGAUGCUCCAUCCUAUGUGGGGUUUCAUUCAGAUUACUCAGGGCGAACUCCAGAAGUCAUGCACUAAGCCUCUAGUAGAGAAAGCUACAGAUAAUUGCCAGCAUAUCUGCCAAUGUAGACCACCUCCAUUACCACCACCGCCACCGCCACCACCACCACCAAGGUUGCUUGGGGUUUCAUCUCCCACCGUUCCUAUUUGCCCCCCUGCAGCGCCCUGGCCAAGUCCAGCUAUAAUCAUUGCCGCAUGCUGUGCCAUACCGGUGUUCCUCUUUCUAGUUUUCAUCAUUUGCUACAAAGCCAUAAAAAGGAAACCUAUGAGAACAGAAGAGAAUGGAACAAGUCAAGCUGAAUAUGCAAUGACAUCCUGUCAAAACAGCAAGACAGUUGAUGCUAACAAUGCAGUGGCGUAAUUUCCAAAACCACCUCUCGAAGAGUAAACAUUAAAAGCACACAUAGAAUAUGCAAGGUGGGUGAAAUGCAGCAUCAAGAGAAGACUUAUGGCCGAGGACUUCAUUUCAGAAAUAGCGCUUCAGAUAUUCUGAGAAGAAAAGCAGGUGACUCUCCUUUGGCUUGCUGAGUGUCACAAAAAGUGGGAUUAUACCAGGGGCUACUCUGAAAAGGGGAUUCACAGAGGCCUACUCACUGCAUGCUUGUUCUUUUGAAAGCAACAUUGCAGUGCCCCUUCUUCCUUCCUCAUCUUUGAUUGACGGUUUUAUUUUUUUGAAAAUGCUUCAGCGAUCCUUUGAUGAUUAAGAGAAUGGUCUAUUCAAGGCGGUAAAAAUACCACAAUUGGGCUUGCAAAUUCAAGCUUUGCGUUUUUCUGUUUCUCUACAGUCAUUUUAAGACCCACCUUUUAUGAUGAUCAUAUUGUUGAAGUGGAAAAUCUCCAUUCACUGAGAGGGAACAUCCCUUCCUGCCCAGCUUCAUGAUUUCAUGGAAUGUAUCCCUACCUACACAAUCUGAUGACUAGAUAUAGAUGCUGCUACUACAGACAUAAAGGAAUUCAGAAUGUCUUAUAGCAGUUUUAUUGAUUGAAAGAAAAUGUUACCUAGGAUAACAUUUUAAAGUGUUUUAAAUGCUAUUAAUACACAGUCCAGAAACAUUUUGGGCCUUAGAGUUAAAAGAAAUCUAUAUUUGGGCACAUCUAUUAUUAUUUUGCAGUUUUGCACAUGUAUAUCCACCACACUAAUCUGUAGACAAGAUCUCUAGAAUGAUCUAAAAAUGUUUUGACUCUGGAGGACAACAAGCUGCAAUGGACACAACUCCUUAAAGACUUUCCUAUUCCUUGAGUAGCUCCUCCAAAUGAGUAAUAAAUAAAGAAUUUUCUGUUGUAGGGAAAAAAGCUGUGAUGGACCAGUCCCCUCUUUAGUAAGGGGCUGCCAAUAGUGCCAAAAUUACUCUGUGUUGAAUCACUUUGUGAUAAAGUUUAAAAGCAUAACCCAACUCUCCAUUGUCACAGUGUCUUGUUAGGCACAGUCACUUUAAUUUCUAAAAGAACGACUGAUGCUAUUACUUGUCCAUACCUUGAUUAAGGACUUAAAAUAUGGCUCCUGUCUUUCCUUUCGCAUGCCUUCAUUUGUCACAGCUGUACCAGCAAAACAAAACAAAAUGAUGUGUCACGAUCUGGCUUCUUGUCUUGCUGUCAGACUUCAGUGAUAUUUUGUCUUUGUAAAUUCAAGCAGUCUAAAAAGAAGCUGUAACACUUCUGUAGUCUAGAAUCAUGGUAUUGUGUCAGUCCUAAGUCCCAAGAAGCUGGUACGCUGGCUGAAUGUAGCUAGGAUUAUCUCAGAGUAGAAUUCCAGUGUAUUCCAACUUACAAUCAGUUUUUCAAAUAAGAACUGAAGACCCCUUAAAACUGAGGAAUCUCUGCAUUGAAUUCUGAUACUGCCUCACUUAGACAAAGUCACUGUAUAAUGCUGUCCCAGUUAAAUAUGAAAAAUAAUGGAUGGAUAAAUGAGUGAGUGAAUGAAUGAAUGAAUGAUUUUAGAGUCUUUGGCCAGUCAAUAGUAUAUAAUAAUACUUAAAAUCAAUACAGUUAGUGCUGUUGCAGCAACAAUAACUUGCCUCUUAAUAGCAAUAUAAAAUACUUUUGCAACCAUUUUAGUUAUGUCUGAGCUUGCAUCUGCAAGGCAGUAAGUUACGUAAAAUAAAUAAUUUAUUCCUAGGAAUCUUAAAAAGUAGUGGUUAUAUUUGUUCUUUAUAUCCCAGUAGAGGAUACAAUACAAAAAAGCAUGUUCCCAAGGAUUGUCAGGGUGUCUCACUAGAAAAUUGGUUCCUUAUAAAUCUCAUUUCUAGGAUGGAUAAGGAAAAUUCAUUUAAACAGGAUUUGGUGAAAGAAAUCCUAAACAUACCUGUUCAAUAUGAUGGUGAUCAAAAUAUCUUUUAUAUGAUUUCCUGGAAAAGGAAAAGAUUAGUAUCUUCGUUUUAGAAUACUUUACAGUUGGAUUGUUAAUACUGCAAUAUUGCUAGAAGGCUGUCAUCAAUCACUGGCAAAACAAAUAGGUGAUAUCAACAUAUAAUAAAAAGGCACAUAUGUAUCGGUCAGCAUAGGGCAGCAAAGUCUUCAGUUUCCAAUGAGACUGCCAAGUCAUUCAUAUAAAAAUUGAACAAGAUUGAAGUCAAAACACACCCUUCUCUAGCUCCACCUAUAGAAGGAAAUAGGUUAGUUAAAGUGCUAUUAGGAUUAUAUUUAAUCUGCAAAAAGGAUUUAGAAUAAUUGCCUUCUGGUCAGUUGUGUUUCCCAUAGUAGUCUCUGAGAAACAGAUGAGAUGAGCAGCACAUAAAUCAGAUAAAUAAUGAAUAAAUAGAAUUGAAAGCUGCUUUAAGCCAAUUAAAACUAUGAAAAGAUUACACAUCGAUCCCCAGAAAUAUUUCUCAAUAGGAUCGUAUAAGACCAUAUAUAAUCCAAUGUAGAGCAACCCAGUCUGCUCAAUCCCUAAGAUUUUAGGAUCUGCCAGCCAUGUCUUUAAGUCAUUGAAGAGAUUCAUAGCAUAAAGUUUGCCUACUGUUGAUAACAUGAGCACUAUGGUGGAAUUUGUCCAUAGAUUUUUCUUUUAUUGUUG